AUAAUAUUACACUUCCCAACAAAUGGUCCAUAUAUUAGCUCAUUUUUCUGAAUUUCUCGGGAAUGGUUGCCUGUCUCUCCCCUUUGUACCCUAAACAACCGUCACAUUGAAGAGGGUUCUGAUCUUCAACCGGCUUCUAAAAUGGAAACAAAAUCAGACACCAUCAUCAUCUUCGACAUUCAAACGAAUAAGGAUUCCAUCCCUGACAUCAUCAAGAGGGCUCCUGCAAACGCGGGAGAUCAUGUGAAAAAGAAGCGCGGUCCAAUGAACCUCCUCAGAGCAGCAUCAUUUAUUUUCCGCAGGUCUAAGAAACCGAAACCCAGUCAUGUGGAUGUAGCCUCCAAUGGGGCAUCGAAGCUCCAGUCGCACGUUGAUCAGGUGGCCCUGCCAGAGAUGGUCUCGUCCCCGAUGGUCGAACACUUCAAGGAAUCAUGUGGGUUCCUGUCACCCAUGUCUCGAUCCUGCUACGGCUCGGCCUCUUCGUGUUCUGAAGCCAGUACGAGCCGGCAUGCAUCCCCGGUUAACCUCCAGGAGCUCGACAGGAGCGAGGAUAUUGAUCAUGAUGGUGCUGCUUACGUCAAUUGCAUUGGGGAUGAGAUGAUCGACGCUAAGGCAGAGGUGUUCAUUGCUCAAUUCUACCAACAAAUGAGGCUCCAACGCAUGGACUCCAUCGAUCGUCGUUACCACGAGAGGACUCAGAGGUCAAUAGGUUGAAGGGUGGAGAGAAAGAAACGCGCUUGGAUGUGAAAGUUUGCUACUAAUUGGUAGAUCGAGUUCGAAUGCAUUAUUUUCAUCCUUCUCUGCUGCUUUAUUUGUUUUUCAUCAUAGAAGACUGAAAGUUCAUGGCCGGGCUGCCAACAAUUAUCAACAUUAUUCUUAAUUAUUAACAUG